AACGGGAGACUGCUAUUUAAACCACCAGGUCACUCUCACAGCAACUUCCCAUAUAUACUGCUUUCCCUUUUCUCCCCCUUCCAUUCGCCGCUCUCCCUCUCCUUCCCUUUCUUCCUUCGCCUCUCGAUCUUCAAGAUUACAGCUUUUCUUCACAUCUUUAGCGACGGCCGUCAGGGAGCUAAGGCGACGACGAGGGUUCGUUCCGUUUUUCCAGAGAUUCUCAAUUUUAAUUACCUCUCACCAGGGUCUGGUUUGGUUGGGUAUGACUACAGAUACCAAAUAUUAAUGACAACAUUCCAUGUGCAAUUGCAAACAAGUACAAACGUGAAUUAGCUAGCUCUUUUAUCAAUUAAGAUCACAAAAAAUGGCGAUAGUUGGUGUGGAGAAUUCAAAUACGUGGAUGGGAGCAGGGGAACUAUUGUCAUCUGAACAUGCUUCGGUCGUGUCGAUCAACUUAUUCGUGGUGUUGCUGUGCACUUGCAUCAUAAUCGGUCAUCUACUGGAAGAGAAUCGAUGGUUGAACGAAUCCAUCACCGCUCUCCUUAUAGGAAUUUGCACGGGAGUGGUGAUUCUCUUGCUGUCAAGAGGAAAAAGUUCGCGUAUUUUGGUGUUCAGUGAAGAACUAUUCUUCAUUUAUCUUCUCCCGCCAAUUAUUUUCAAUGCUGGUUUUCAGGUGAAAAAGAAGCGAUUUUUCAGGAACUUCUCGACGAUUACACUUUUUGGUGCAAUUGGUACUCUAAUAUCUACAGGUGUCAUAUCUGCAGGAGCUAUGUACUUCUUCAAGAAUAAGGACAUUGGUUAUCUGAGCAUAGCAGACUAUCUUGCCAUUGGAGCCAUAUUUUCUGCUACAGACUCCGUGUGUACAUUACAGGUGCUUAAUCAAGACGAGACACCGUUGUUAUAUAGCUUAGUGUUUGGGGAGGGUGUAGUGAAUGACGCCACAUCAGUUGUACUCUUCAACGCGAUCCAAAGCCUCGACUUCUCUCACAUCAGCUCGAUCGCUUCUCUCGAAUUCGCGGGCAGCUUUCUCUACUUGCUCAUCUCAAGCACCAUAUUAGGAGUUCUGGUUGGACUACUAAGUGCAUAUACCAUUAAGACCCUCUAUUUUGGAAGGCAUUCGACGGACCGUGAAGUUGCAAUAAUGAUUCUCAUGGCUUAUCUUUCUUAUAUGCUGGCCGAGCUAUUCUCCUUGAGUGCCAUUCUCACUGUGUUCUUCUGUGGGAUUGUGAUGUCACAUUACACAUGGCACAAUGUGACCCAAAGCUCAAGGGUGACAACCAAGCAUGCUUUUGCGACGUUGUCAUUUGUUGCUGAGAUCUUCAUCUUCCUCUAUGUUGGCAUGGAUGCUCUUGAUAUUGAGAAGUGGAAGUUCGUGAGCCAUAGCCCAGGAACAUCAAUUUCUACAAGUUCAAUUCUGUUGGGACUGGUUAUGGUUGGGAGAGCAGCUUUUGUCUUCCCUUUGUCCUUCUUAUCAAACCUGACCAAGAACUUCUCAUCCGACAAACUAACCAUCAAACAACAAGUAACGAUUUGGUGGGCAGGGCUAAUGCGCGGCGCGGUCUCAAUGGCUCUGGCUUAUAAUCACUUCACGCGUUCAGGAUAUACUCAACUACGCCCUAAUGCAAUCAUGAUCACAAGCACCAUCACCGUUGUCCUCUUCAGCACAGUGGUAUUUGGGAUGCUAACUAAGCCGUUGAUCAAAUUUUUGCUACCACCCACAAAACAAAUGCUAGCUAGCGACAGCAUGGUGUGUUCCGAGCCAUCCAGUCCGAAAUCUUUGGCCAUCCCACUUCUACUAGACGGAGGAAACUCGGACGAUGAAGAGAGUUCGAACUCGUUGCCUAGGCCAACGAGUUUGAGAAUGUUUCUGAGAACGCCUUCGUACUCGAUCCAUUACCAUUGGAGGAGGUUCGACGAUGGGUUCAUGCGACCUGUUUUUGGAGGUCGGGGCUUUGUGCCUUUUGUCCCUGGCUCCCCUGUCGAGUCCGAUGAUCUUCAACAACAAUGGCUAAACUAAGCUUAUUAUAUAAGAAUGGGGCCAGUUAUUUUUUUCAGGCUGGGCUUGACUACACACUAAUGUAUUUACCAAAGAGAGAGAAAGAGGAAAAGGUUAUAGCGAAAAGAGUGAGGUUUGUGGCAUUGCUAUGUUGGGUAAGUGAGUAUUGUGUGACAAAUUUUGUUGGUAACCAAGGGAGUGGGACAUUGGUGUUUUUUUGGGAGUGAUUAGUACAUGCGUGAUGCUUGCGUGAGCUUUGUUAACUAUUGAUUAGUACAUGUAUGAGGCUGAAUUUGUGGUAAAUUCUUGUUUAAAACUACUCUUUUUUUAUCAAAUGGAUGCAACAUACAUUCUACCUUA